CGGACGUUUGAUCGUUUUAGCUCUUGAAUCGGUUCCACUACAGUUGAUACACAAAAAAUAUUAAUUCAAAAAUAUUGAAAUAUUAUCCUGAUGAUGAGAAAUGAAUUUAAAUGCUUUGCAAAUACUGUGUGCGAUUAAUCUGAAAAGGGUUUGUGUGAGAUGAUGAAUACGAAAAAAAAAUCUGUGAAAUUUAAUUUUGAUCAAAUGGAAAAAGUUUAAAUGAAAUAUUCAAUGCAUUAAAAGGCAAAAGAAAAAAAAAGAGAAAAUAGAUUCGAAUAAGUGAAAUACAUUAACACACUGUGAAUAAUUAAAUUUUAUAUUUUCGAAUAAUAACCGGAAGGAUUUAUAUCAAAGCGUAUUUAUCUGAUGGGCUAUAAUUACAACACAUUUCAAAGGAUUAAAUAAAAAUGUGUCUCACGAAUUGCGAAUUCAGUCACUUUAAUUGAAAAAUAAGCCUACCAGCAUAAAAUAUCAUCGAAAAAAAGGAAGAAGAAAAAAGAAACCCGAACAAAAAAAUGAUUUUCCCCAGCGGCCGGUAUGUGUGUGCCCUAAGCUACGUGCCAGUGAGGGAAAAAAAGCUAAACGAGUCAUGCGGCAAGGCAAUACCAACCCAAUUUUAUACAAGAAUAAAACCGAACAUAAUUCAAUUUAAAUGACUUGCAAGCUGAAAAUUAUAGGCGGAUAAAAGAAACGCAAAUCCGAAGAGGGAAAAAAAUCGCACAACACUAUUUGGGGGACAAGAGAAUAGAAGCGUCAGCGUACAUCACCGAAAACAAUGCGUGUAAUGGAAAUGUGAAAACCAUUUUCCCCUCUCGAGAGUCUAUCCUUGGUUGUCGUAUCCAGAGAUGAAAUCCAUUGAACAACGAAAAACGAUCAGUCUAACAAUGUUCGUCUCCAUUUAAAUCUAACUACCAACUUAAUUAAUGGAAAACGUCAUUAUCGUCUGUUGAUGGAUUCAUCGUAAAUUGCGAGAGUUUUGCUUAAUUCUACGUAUAACAUCGGUCUCGGUCACACAUCUAUACAUGUACGGAGAUAUGCGUUUAUAGAAUGAACAUGAUUAUGUUCGGUGAUUACGGUAUUGUUGAACCAUAAAUGCGAACUUUAAAUAAGUAAUGCCUUUAUCUACUAUCCAACGAACCCAUAUUCGAAAUGGCAUUUAAGGCAGAGAUAUUGAUGUGCAUGGUACAGUAUCUCCAUAAUUCGUUUUUAGCGUGUAGUGUGUGUAGAUGUAGAUCCGAAUAUUAUGAAUAACCACAAUGACUGUAUACUGUCCAGGUGAUAAAUGUGCUAGAAGUGAACCGACCGAACAAUAUUCACAUCAAAUAUUUUAUCGGCUGUGAUUUAAAUAGUUGCAGAAAAUAUACAUUUAUCCAAUCAACGUUCCCGAAAUUAAUAACCAACAUGAAUCGUCUUGUUCACAAAUUCUGGUGCAUUGUGUUAUGUCUGAACUGCAUGGAAAUGUUUGCCACAUCUUCACCAUCGGAUAUGCUCAUUAUACGCCAUGGUCGAUCGCGUGUUAGACAUUCAUCCGAAAAGGAUCAUAUACGUUGGGGUUUAAAAGCUUUCGAUUUGGAAUUUAACUCUACCGUCUACGAGUACGACAACGACACAAUGGAAUUGAACGGUAAUCAAUCCUUUUACGGCGACAACAGCAGCGAUUUGUUUUACUUGAAUGGCAGUGGUGAACGUAUGGGUUCCAGUAGUCUAUCGCCAGCCGAAUAUCAAUUUAACCCGACAAGAGAUAACGAUGAUGAGGGUGGCGGCAUUAACAAGGCAACAGUGUCGACACCGAAAAAUAAGUUAGCCAAAAAGCAAAUUAUGGCAAAUAUUCGAAAGACGGUGGAAAAAGGUGUUGAAUAUUUAAAGUCUCACGCCCAUUUGAAUAAAGACAAUAUUGAAAUUAAUUCAGUGAUGCCAACGAUUACGGAAAAUAAUUCCGAUAACAAAGACGUUAAUGGAAACUCGUUGAAAAGCGAUAACAAUAACGUACUUUUGUCACCGUUGUUAGACGAUAUAAUGAGCACGUCUACUUCAAUAACUCAAACGAAGGGAAAUCACGUUCAAAAUGAUGAUGGUGAAGCACAUCUCCGUCAAUUAAAUGUAACACCCACCAGCAACCGUUCCAUGAAAAAUUCUACAUCACAUAGUAGCAGCACGAAAUUUGCGAACAAUACGCCCGACGACCAGCACAGCAAUGUAACUCAUAUAAAUGACACCAUAAACAAACCCAUAAAAUCAUUGGAAAAACAUGAACAAACAAAAACUAAAAAAUCUGAGAUGCAUAUCCGAGAUAAUAAAAACAAUCGAAUCGACAGUUUUAAAGAGAAAAUCGAUCGAAAUACGGAAAAACCUCUGUUGUUCGACGAAAAAGCGUUUAGUGAUAGUGGAGAUUAUGAAAGUGAAUCGAUUCCAAGCGGUUUAUAUUCCGAGAACAAUGAACAAGCCAACACUGAAGAUGACAGUCAAAUAGGAAAUUUCGAUUUGAAUGAGAACAAUGAUUUUUCCAAUGUUAUUCGCCGUUUCGAUGAAUAUGUCGAUUUGGAGGGCUUGGAUGAAACGAGCAGAAAUAAUCGCUUGAACUUAUUGCAGGGCAGAGAUUUAUUGACAACAUUUUUACGGAUUGUUGAAACGCAACAUUUGCUGGGUUCGAACUGUACAGCUGGCACAGCAUUAAAUCUGGGAGAAGGUGUUGUCGAUCGGUAUGCGCACGAUCGAUUUCGCGUCGAAGCGGAAAUUGCCGUUAAUCGGGCAAACAUGUUAACUAGAAUUUUCAAAAAUACUGCUCCAGCGGUUCAGGAAUCCGAACAGCUGUUACAUGCUUCGGUGCUAUCAAUGGUAGAAUUCGACGACGAUAUUUUCGCAGCUGGAAACUGUUUUGACUGGAAUCAACAUCCCAAGAAAAAGGGCCUCUUUUGUCCGUUUGCAUUUCGAUUACCCUAUCCGAAUCACGGCGCUUCAUUGGCCAAAGAUCUAGCAGCAGAAUAUCACUACUUGGGCAACACGUCUGAAUGGUUUUUCCUAGCCAGGAAAAAUGCGGAACGAGUUAUUGCCAAAAAUGAGCAAUACAUCAAAGCAUAUCACCUUUACUCCAACAGUACCGAACGUGAGGUUGAUAAAAUAUUAUCGGUGAAAUAUGAGGACGGACGUUGGUCAAAACCCUAUUACGAUUGUGGCGGUGGAAAUAUAUGGAUGCUAACGUAUACGGUUCCAUUUUUCGGACAUGACAAUGGCACCUAUUUUUUUAAAGGAACUUCCGGCAUUGAUAUAGAUUUACGGCGAGUUGAUAUUGACCAAUGUCCACAGAAACAAGUUCCCGGUAUAACACAACCGUUGAACAUAUUUGCUGGUACAGAUAAAUGCAAGCAAAGAACAACUGAGUGUGAAGCGAUCACUGGACUUGGCUUUCGUCGUGGUUCGUAUAAAUGUACAUGCCGGAAAGGCUUCUACUUUCCGGAUACGAAUAUUCCACAGAAAUAUUUCAACGGAAGCACAUUGGAAGAAGAAUAUGAAAAAUUAAUGCUGAACGAACCAUCCACCUAUAGUAAUCCAAAUUCAUAUCAUUGUUUACCGUGUGCUGAAGGAUGUGAUGCCUGUAAGGACGCAUCGCCUUGUGUGGCUGCACUAAAUUGGCCAAUGCGAACCAGCAUUUUGGUGUUGGCCUGUGCUGUUAUCGGUUUCCUUCCACCAGCCGCAUAUUUUACGUUCCGGUAUCAGCAAGUUAAGGUUCUUCGCGCCGCCAGUCCUGCCCUUUUACGAGUUAUAGCACUAGGAGCUUUCUUCAUUUAUUGCACGUCAAUCGUUAUGUAUCCGAACCCAUCACUAUACACAUGCACAGCUCGCAUAUGGUUGCGAGAAAUUGGAUUUUCAUUGACAUACGGUGCUCUGAUGCUGAAAACUUGGAGAAUAUCAGUAAUAUUCCGGGUGCGAUCAGCUAAAGCUGUUAAAAUAACAGAUGCAGCAUUGUUGAAGCGAUUGGGAGUGUUGUGUGGAUGCAUUAGCGUUGCACUUCUUAUUAGAACUAUAGUAGCACCGCCUGUGGUUGUUGUUGGCCGUACUGCUGAUGAUUUGAAAGCAUUUUUAUGUAAAACCAACUGGUGGGAUCACACAUUCACUUCGAUGGAAGUUUUGUUCCUGGCAUGGGGCGUUCGGCUUUGUAUAAUGGUUCGAAAAGCACCAUCCGAAUUCAAUGAAAGCCGAUUUAUAUCUAUGGCGAUUUACAAUGAAUUUUUACUUACCUGCUUCCUCAAUGUAUCAAUGUUAUUUUUGCAGUCGCCGGCCAAUCCAGAUCUAUUAUACAUCAUAUUCUUCUGUCACACUCAAUUGACAGUAACAUUACUAUUGGCUUUAAUUUUCGGAAGCAAGGUAUAUUUGGUAUUUCGAAGUGGUGGCAAACCGACAGAAGAUACCAUGGGAUUGGGUGUGAAAUCAUCUGGAGCGAAAUUCAUUUGUCGAUCUCAGGCCAGAACACUAGCGAAUCCGAGUACCGCAACCUCAUCAACAGCACAGCUUGGCGCAAAUGCGGAUGCACGACUCACCGAACAAGAGGCACUCGAGCACAUCAAACAAUUGUAUGUGGAACUGCAGAAUCUUCACGAUCGUGUUCCACCGCGUGGCAUCGCUGUAGCAACAAUAUCAUCAUUAUUAGAAAAUUGUCGCACCUCCAAUCAAUUAAAACCCGCAAUCAAGUCACCAUUAAUCAAUCCAGUAUUAGUGCGUUCGGACAAAAGCACAAACACAACGUUCAUCAUCGAUUUGAAGGCGAACGGUAACGGUAUCGCUCACCUAUCCAUUACAGAUGAAAAAUGUACUGUACUGUCGCUGAAGUCGGUCGAUGGAAAUCCAAUUAAGGACACCGAAGAUAAAUCUCCGUUUUUGAAUCUGCCACUCGAAUGUAUGUGCACGUGCGGCGGAGCGGAUGAUCUUGGCAAUAUCUGCGAACAUUCGGCGAAGCAAACGAAAUGUUCGCAUUGUAGCAAUAAUAAAUCCGAUGAGCAUUUGAAUCAACAACAAUGUGACCAAAAUGAUAAACGGUGCAAUGAUAAUAGUCGAAAAUUGAUCGACGAAAAAUGUAUUCAUUCCAGUGGCAUUUGUGAACAUUGCUCUCGCAAUAGUGGCAACAAAUCAAAUGUAACGGAAUGUUGUUCAUCAAAAUGUGAUUGUACCUAUAGUGUCGAUACGAAUAAUAGUUGUAGUGUACAUUUAGGAAAUAAAUUGAAUAAAAAUGUGAAUUUAGUUAGUGACAAGACGGUGGAUGAUGACAGAAUUGCCGGCGAUAGUAAUGAGAUUGCAACAUUACUGAACAAACCGGAAAUGUAUGAUAAAAUGGGUUUAAGCAUAAGCGAAUCGUUUGAGAAUACAGAAGCGGAAGCUGCACAUGUUCAACCAUCCACCCCAUCGCCAAUAAUAUCCAUAUCAUCUGGUACGACGGGUGGCGACGACGAUAGACUCAAUAGGGAUAAUCAAACGCCAUCAUUGGUAUCACCGAAUGAAAAUGAUGAUGAGAAAUUGUCUACGGUUCGGGAUUCCUGUUCAAGCAACAACAUUUCACUAGCAACAGAUGCAAGUGGUACGAGCACGUCGACUGGAAAUGGUGCGGGAAAACGUGGCAAAACGGAUGCAAAAUUAGUUUUAGAUUUAAAUGAUAGAAGUAAAUAUACGAAAGAGGUUUCGGUGUAGAACAAUUUCUGUGCACGAGUAUAUCACCAUGCGAAACGUAACAAUAACUGAGAUCGAAAACUUUUAUAAAGUUUUCGCUUCGUCUUCAUCAUCCAUCAUGGCGCUUUUGGUAUUUUACUCGCAAAAAAUCGAUACGCAGUGUAUAGUUGGGAAGUGGAUGUAAUCAUCUCAUGUAAGUUUCUUUUUGUUGUUGAAUAAACUUUGCAAUUGUUUCCACGUCUCUCAUGUGUUUAGGAAAAUAUUGGCAAAUUGAAUGACAAUGUUGCGGUGAAAUCGUCUUUGAAACUGAAAUAUGAAAGGAAAACAAGAAAAUUUUGUUGCCAUUUCUGGCUCUGUUCAAAAUAAAUUUGCAUCGCUGCUGUCGUUAACGGAUGAUAUAGCCGUCGUAUACGGUAGUGGAGAGAGCUUGAAUUUUUGUUAAAUAUUACCACGAAUUUUCUCGAUAACUUGUCUGUCCCAAUAAUUAAGAAAAUCCCACAAUGUACAAAAAUACCCCAUGAAUCUGUAUAAUGAACAAUGAAAAGUUAGAGAUGCCUCGAUCUCGACACACCACAUUCACAAUUAAUUUUCUUCCUAAUUCCGUAAAUAAUGUUACAGGCUUUUGACUUUCGGACGAGCAUGAUACUUCUAUUCACUUGGCUGUUCAGUUCAUGUCUAAAACAAACCUUUGUUCCCAUUAGACACAUUUGUGACCGACAACUGACCCUCAUCAUAAACUAAAAAAGUUUACGGAAAAAUUACUUCACCUGCUUAUCAUUAAGCAUUUUAUUAGACACCAGGGACUCAUCAAUAACGGAUGCCCCAAAUAUAUACUUUGUCACUGCGAAACUGGAUUGGUCAUUUUGUUCAGGUGUUACGUGGACGAAUAUAUGCGAGUUUUAAGAAUUUUUUUCGAUCCAUUUCUUUCGUCUUUUAACAUUAUAAACUUGGUUAUGUUUCCGUUUGCCUUUUCGCAUGCAGACCUAGCUCUUCACAAUAAGCAAAAUUGCCUACAAUCAAUCGUCCAAGACAGACAUAACUGUAAGAUUUGUUACUCUGGUCAGCCUGAUGAUUCAGGUUAAUCGUUUAAUGGUGUCUAAUCAAGUGGAAUACUGGUUUUGAAAGAGCCAAACUUAAUUAAUUUCCAAAAAGAUUUCGGUUUCAU